AUUACUAUAUAAACCGACCAUCCAACAGGUGCAGACACAUAGACAUUGAACAACCGAACAGUAUACAUAACUCCAAAAGAAAAAGAAGAAAAAAUGGCUUCAACCUCAACACUUCUAGUGAAAACAAUCUUCAUCGCACUUAUCUUUGCCUCUUUUACAAUCUCUCCGGCAACUUCAACGGCGCCGGAACACUGCGGAAGCGAGUCAGCUAACUCGUGCAUCAACAAGGCUAAAGCUUUGCCUCUCAAAAUAGUAGCAAUUGCCACAAUCCUUGUAGCAAGCAUGAUUGGUGUUGGAGUUCCUCUCUUUAGCAGUAACGUGCCGUUCCUUCAGCCCGACGGGAACAUUUUCAUUAUCGUUAAGUGUUUCGCUUCAGGGAUUAUCCUUGGAACCGGUUUUAUGCACGUUUUGCCUGAUUCUUUUGAGAUGCUGUCAUCAGAAUGUCUUGAAGAGAACCCGUGGCACAAGUUUCCAUUCUCAGGGUUUCUCGCUAUGUUGUCCAGUCUAAUCACUUUAUUCAUUGAUUCCAUGGCUACGAGCAUCUAUGAUAGCAAUAACGCAUAUGGGGUCGUACCACAUGGUCCUGCAAAUGAUGUUACCUUACCAACAAAAGAUGACGAUUCUGCACAACUCUUGCGAUACCGAGUCAUUGCUAUGGUAUUGGAACUUGGAAUCAUAGUUCACUCUGUGGUCAUUGGACUAUCUCUAGGAGCAACGAAUGACAUUUGCACCAUAAAAUCACUCAUCACAGCUCUUUGCUUCCAUCAAAUGUUCGAAGGCAUAGGUCUUGGUGGUUGCAUUCUCCAGUUUGGAGAUGUUUUCAGGCUGAGUAUACGAAGUUGAGUAAGUUUCUUAUGGCGUUCUUUUUUGCGAUAACAACUCCAUUCGGAAUAGCGUUAGGGAUCGCUCUCUCGACAAUUUACAGAAACAAUAGCCACAGUGCAUUAAUCACUGUUGGAUUGCUCAAUGCAUGCUCGUCGGGAUUGCUCAUCUACAUGGCGCUUGUGGACCUUCUAGCGGCCGAUUUCAUGGGACCAAAGCUUCAAGGUAGCGUCAAUUUGCAGAUCAAGUGUUUCAUAGCGGCUCUUCUAGGGUGCGGUGGCAUGUCGCUCAUCGCCAAAUGGGCUUAACCAAUUCCCCGGAUAGUAGUGCGGACCU